AUGGCUUCGGCGGUAACCAAGGCGGUCCUCUCCCCGCCUCUGCGGCGGGCAUUCGCGCAGUCGCGCAGCUUUCAGACGAGCACCAAGAGUCUGCUCCCCUCGAGCUUCGGCAUCGGUUCCAGCAUUCCUCCAUCCUACUUCCAGAAGCCUUCCCUCCCCGCAAACACCGUCAUCCGCUUCGUCCCUCAGCAGACGGCAUGGAUUGUCGAGCGCAUGGGAAAGUUCAACCGCAUCCUCGAACCCGGUCUGGCUAUUCUCGUUCCCUUCAUCGAUCGCAUUUCCUAUGUCAAGUCACUGAAGGAAAUCGCCAUCGAAAUACCCAGCCAAAGCGCCAUCACCGCCGACAACGUCACCCUUGAGCUGGACGGUGUUCUCUACACGCGCGUCUUUGACGCCUACAAGGCCAGUUAUGGGGUCGAAGAUGCCGAAUACGCCAUCUCCCAGCUGGCGCAGACCACAAUGCGAUCCGAGAUCGGUCAACUGACCCUCGACCACGUCCUCAAGGAGCGCGCAGCUCUCAACACCAACAUCACCCAAGCCAUUAACGAGGCAGCUCAGGCUUGGGGCGUCACAUGUCUGCGAUACGAGAUUCGUGACAUCCACGCACCGGCUGGCGUCGUUGAAGCCAUGCACCGACAGGUCACUGCUGAGCGAUCGAAGCGAGCCGAGAUUCUGGACUCCGAAGGUCAGCGCCAGUCCGCUAUCAACAUCGCCGAGGGUAAGAAGCAGAGUGUGAUUCUCGCUUCCGAGGCCAUGCGCUCCGAGCAGAUCAACAGGGCGUCCGGUGAGGCCGAGGCCAUCCUCAUGAAGGCCAAGGCCACGGCAGCUGGUAUCGAUGCUAUUGCAAAGAGCAUUGCUGAUGGCGAGGAUGCGGCCAAGGGCGCCGUAAGCUUGUCCGUCGCUGAGAAGUACGUGGACGCCUUUGCCAAGUUGGCCAAGGAGAGCACGGCUGUUGUUGUUCCUGGCAACGUGGGUGACAUCGGCGGCAUGAUUGCCACCGGUCUCAGUGUUUACGGCAAGGUUGGCGAGGCGCAGGCCAGGACAAUGGCGAAGCAGGUCGUCAACCACGAGUCGCAAGAGUCUGAGGGCAACGAGGAUAAGGAUCUGAAGGACACUGUACUUGAUACCUUUGAUGAGGCAGCUGGACAGAAAUGA